AUGUUAUCGUCCAACUUUAACUCGAACUCCUACUCCUACUCCUCCUCAACCUCAGUCUCCGCCUCUUCCAGCUCCGGCCAACAUUGCUCUGGACAUGUAUACCAAAAGUCAACUAGAUCCGAUCCUACAGGGACUUUUAUACAGACGACCACUCAAAACCUCGGAGAGCUGCCGGUUCAAGAAACGAAGUAUUACACCCCUGAUGGAAAUCAGGUCGUGGAUGGAGGAAGAGUUUUGGGGCGAGGGAUUACGAAUGAAGUGACGGGAAGAAUUGAGGAUGUAUCUGAUGAAAACACCGAUGAAGAAAACGAUAGAGGGUAUAGGAAGCGGAUCGAGGAUGAAUAUGCGAAACGGGAAGGGGGAGCUUGA